UUCAAUUAAUUCGGCACCAUUUGAACCUUAGCCGCUAAAGGCAGAAAAUAUCAAAGAGAAACACUAUUCUCCUUUGAAAAAUGUCAGACAUUCUCAACAAAAAUGAAGCCCCAGAAAACCAGAAAUUUGAAGUCACAUUUAGUAGGAAAAGUGUUGUAAAAGCACUCAACCCUUCACUAGAGCCAUUUUCAAUCACUCUCUCAAAUCUUGACCUGCUCUCAGGUCGUUUUCCUGUUACAUACUUGUAUUUCUACCGCAAACUAGAAUCAGAUAACUUCAAAGCCUUUGUUGAUGCUCUUAAGAACACUCUAGCACAAGUUCUUGAUCACUACUAUCCCUUUGCUGGCCAAAUUGUUCAAAAUCCCAAAACUAGUGAGCCUGAAAUCAUUUGUGACAACAAUGGUGCUCUAGUCAUUGAAGCUCACACAAAUAUCCCAUUAAAGAGUUUAGAUUUUUACAAUCUCAAUGAAACUCUUCAAGAAAAGGUAGUCUCAGUUGAACCAGACUUCCCCUUGCAAAUUCAGGCGACUGAGUACACUUGUGGAGGCAUUUCCAUAGCAUUUACUUUUGAUCAUGCAUUAGGUGAUGCCACUUCCUUUGGCAAGUUCAUUGCUUCAUGGUGCGAAAUAGCUCAAAAGAAACCACUCUCGAGCAUACCAGACCAUACUAGACACCUUCGUGCGCGUUCUUCUCCCAAAUAUCAACCAUCCUUGGAUCAAACUUUUAUGAAGUGCACCAUGAAAGAGAUACAGAACAUGCCAAUGAAUCAUGUCUUGCUUAAACGCCUUUAUCACAUCGAAGCAUCAAGCAUCGACAUGCUGCAGAAACUUGCUUCUUUGAAUGGGGUCAAGAGAACAAAGAUUGAGGCCUUUUCAGCAUAUGUAUGGAAGAUAAUGAUUGGUACAAUUGAUGAAAGGCAUAAAACGUGCAAGAUGGGUUGGUUGGUGGAUGGAAGAGAAAGAAUGGGAAGAGGCAAGAAUUUGAUGUCAAACUACAUUGGUAAUGUGUUGUCUUUGGCUUUUGGGGAGGCAAGCAUUCAAGAACUGAAGGAAGCCUCCAUAUCAGAAAUUGCUAAGACAGUGCAUGAGGCAAUUUCAAAGGUCAAUAAUGAGGAUCACUUCUUGGACUUGAUUGAUUGGAUUGAGUGUCAUAGGCCUGGUUUGAUGCUAGCAAAGGCAGUGUUGGGUCAAGAGGGGCCAACCCUAGUGGUGUCCUCAGGACAAAGGUUUCCUGUCAAAGAAGUUGACUUUGGAUUUGGGAGUCCCUUGCUAGGGACAGUUUACACUUCCAUUCAAAAGGUGGGAGUUAGUUACAUGAACCAAAGGCUAAGUGCCAAGGGUGAUGGUUCAUGGACUGUGUCUGCCAUCUUGUGGCCAGAACUGGAAGCUGCAUUGCAGGAUGACCCAAUUUUCCACCCCAUGUCUGCCUCUAAUCUUCAACUUUAGUGCAAUUAUGGUUCUAUAUAUUGUCAUUGUCAGUUUUUUAUUAAGAAUUAUUCUAAUAAAUAUUGUCUAUCUUGAUCGUUAGUUUGUCAUUAAUGGUUGUGUAGUUAAACAUACCAAUAUGCCAACCAUUACACUCUAAAAACAUACAGUUGUCUUGCUUCCUUCCCUCGGGACUUUGUCAUUUAGUACAAUGACUUGGGCAUGAUGUAAGAUCAAUGUAAUAUCCCUAAUUCACUUGCUUAA